UACAUCAGAAACAGUAUACAAUUCUUUGUUCAAAAUGCCAAAACUGCUGUUGAAUUGAUGAAUUUAAACUACGAGAUAAGUGACAAGGAAAACAAAAAGAUUUCUAUCUAUGUGACUUCAUCUAGUGAACCUGCAUCUGUACGUUAUAAGUUAACACCAGAACAAAUGAAUACCCUAAAGCUGAGUAUGAAGAAACGAUAUAAUGUCUCCAGGAAUGCUCUGUACCUCAGGAAGCUUCGCUUCGACCAAGACUUGAUGUAUCGUGGAAUUGACCUGUUUCUGAACAGAAGAAGCUGCAUGACUGCCACCCUUCAAGUUAUCCAAGAGGAUUACCCCCAGCUGCUGUCCUUGAAUGUGAGCAACAACAAAAUAUACUGCCUAGAUGGCCUGUCUGAAUUAAUAGAGAAGGCCCCUCAUGUCAAGACCCUCAAACUUUCAGGAAAUUUGCUAAGAACAGUCUGGGAGUUGGAGAAGAUGAAAGGGCUGAAGCUGGAAAAGCUGUGGCUAGAAGGGAACCCCUUGUGCAGCUCCUUCCGAGACCAUUCUUCCUAUGUAAGUGCAAUUCUGAACUAUUUUCCGGAGUUGUCACACUUAGAUGGCAGGAAAUUAUUCCCAACAAUUGACAUUAACACCCUGGAAAUAAUAAAACCACGCAAGCAAAGCUAUAAAGGAUCUAAGAGUCUGAAGAAUCUGCUCAUGCAAUUUAUGCUUCAGUACUACUUGAUCUACGACUAUGGUGAUAGAUACAGUCUCCUUAGCGCUUACCAUGCAGAAGCUUGUUUCUCCCUGACAAUCGCUUUCAACUCCGAUAAGGAAGAUCUGAGCAGCUUAGAAGACUACCUCAAAGAUAACAGGAAUAUGAUGAGGCUGAAGAACUCCUUUUUGCUGAUGCAGCUGCUGAAGCACAAAAACUAUAACAUCGUGGCCUGCCUCCACGAACUGCCAAAAACACAGCAUGAUUUAAAUUCCUAUGUAAUAGACCUUUGUGUUCAGACAGAAAAAAUGAUUUGCUUCUCUGUCAAUGGAGUUUUCAAGGAAGUGGAAGGAAAGUCUUGGGGAUGUGUCCGUGCCUUCACCCGGACAUUCAUCUUAACUGUUGACAGUCAAUUCAGGCUGUGCAUUGUGAAUGAUGAGAUGAUUUUGAGGAAUGCCAGCCCCGCAGAGACCAAGAAGGCUUUCUCUACCACUAGGCCGACAAUGUCCUACGACCAGAGUUGCCAGAACACCCAAACUGAUUUGAAGCCUUUUGAGAACAAGUGGAAAUGCAUCAGAAUUGAUGAAGCCAUCUUUAUAUUCCAGACCGAGGAAAUGUUCUCAAGUGAAUUCUUCAGAUGCAACUUCUAAAAGGAGUCCUUGGAAGUCAUCUUCCUUUUCAUCCACAUUAUUGUUUCUUUUUAAGCUAUUGACUGGCCAGAAUUUGAGGCUUUAACCAAGAAAUCAAAUACACGUAGGCCAUGAAAUAGCCACUCACAGGGCCAAUUGCUUUAUAUAUAAC